AUGCCUGUCUCGCAUCUAACUGUGACAGUCUCCCACCUGCCUACCGCGACUUCCUUCUUCCUGUCUUGUCUCCAGCCUCUGGGAUAUCAGUUUAUCGGUCGAGUGGAAGAGUACAUCGGGUUCGGGCAGAAGGCAGGUGCCCCCGCCGAUUUCUGGAUUACCGAGCAGAAGCCUGGACUUGCGGUCAGCGCCGUCCACGUCGCAUUCCCAGCCCCCUCGAAAGAGGCUGUCCAGUCCUUCGUCUACGCCGCGGUAAAAGCCGGCGCAAAGCUCCAUGGUGAGCCCCGAGAACGAGAUUCAAUAUCCGGCUACUACAGUGCCGCCGUGAUUGAUCUCGAUGGGAAUAGCGUCGAAGCGGUAUACCGCCCCGGUGCUUCGGUCGUUGCAUCAGAAGUCGGAGGACCGACAAUAGCGGUCCUGGAAAAUGGAUCCGUUGUGUCCAAGAGCAGCAAAGCUACCUCUGUCAAGGCUGAGAGUGUUGCACCUCCCAGAUCUGAGGCCAAGUCUCGUGCUGUCUCCAAGGCUCCCACUGCCGUUUCAAAAACUCCGACUGCAGUAUCCAAAGCGCCCACUGCUGUUUCCCAUCGGUCUCAGGGUCCACCGCCAUCUUAUACGACGCAGACGGUCCAGAAACCCGAUGAUGGUAGCAAAGCAGCUAAGACUAUUAUCGGUACUCUGAUCGGUGCCGCUGCUGGUGCUGCGGUUGCAUAUGCAAUGGUCAAGGGAGACUCUCAGUCAACCACUGAGAAGCCUAAGGAAGCUUCGCAUUAUACGCCUGAAUCCCACCAGCUUAUGGCACCGCCAUCGCAUGUCUCUUCUCGGCGAGAGGAACAAUAUCUCAUGGGACCACCAUCCCAAGUCUCCUCGCAACGCUCCGUGAGAGCCAUCGAAGCUCCACCAGCGCGCAGCAUCUACACCAGCGCAUCAGGUCCCCGAUCUACCGUCAGCCGCAGUGCCUUCUCCAAGAACCCACGCGCCAGCACCAUCUACGAGCCCACCGAGUUCUACGACGACCGCGGCCGCCGCGCCUCAGAUGGCAGCAUUUUCAGCAUCCCCGAGGAUAUUCCCCUCCGGGCAAUCGAGUACCCACCACCCAGCCACAGCUCGCAGCAACGUCACCCUUGCAGCCCAAGCACCUUCAUCAGCAGCUACGCCGCCGACAAGCCGCGAGCCGGUAGCGUGCAUUCGGCCUCAACAAUCAAAGCAUCUCCACAGAGCCUCCAACGCCGCCACAGCCAUGACGACAGAGGCACAUACUCCUCGCACAGCAAGCCUUCCCAAAUGCACCGCGCCAGUUCCUCUCACUCUGUUCAAUCUCAUUUCAAGGCCCAAGACGCAGUCAGCACGGCCUCGUCCACGCGCUCAGCGCGUAAUAUUCCGCUCCCCGCCGGUUCACACGCAACGUACUACAGCGCCAGCGCACACGCAGGCCAGGGCAACAAAUCACACGUGUCCGCGCGCGAAGUGCCUCUGCCUGACAGUGUCAUCGACCUCGACGUAAACUCGCACGUCACGCCGGAUGACUCAAUUAGUCAAGUUGGGAGCCGGACUCGAUCACACCACUCGCAUCGCUCGAGUCAUUCGAAGGCUUCGAAACACUCGUCUAGAUCGACGAUGGACGAGCCUGUCAGACCCGCGGAUAGUGUUAGUCAGGUGUCCAGGGCUUCGCACCGGACUGUUAAGGCGGGUGGAAGUAAGGCGCCUUCGCAUUCGGGUAGUCGACGGGGGAGUCAGGUUGCUGUUUGA